AUGGCGGAUGUUGAAAUGAAGGAGGCAUCCUCCUCCAAGACGAAGGCUGUAUCCAAGGCAGAAGGAUCCGGUGAUGGGAAGAAGAAAUUCGAAGUCAAGAAGUGGAAUGCUGUUGCUCUAUGGGCGUGGGAUAUCGUUGUUGAUAACUGUGCUAUUUGCCGUAACCACAUUAUGGAUCUCUGCAUCGAGUGUCAAGCAAACCAAGGCUCAUCCACCACCGAGGAGUGCACAGUUGCUUGGGGAAUUUGCAACCAUGCAUUCCAUUUCCACUGUAUUUCCCGCUGGCUGAAAACCCGUCAAGUGUGCCCUCUCGAUAACAAAGACUGGGAGUUUCAGAAGUACGGCCGGUAA